AUGAAUCACGACUUGGUAACAAACGGGUGCGAUAACUAUGAGGAACUUCUUCACACAAAUGUAAAAGACAUUGAACAGCACGUGCUCCAACUGAAAAGCGCCGCACACGCGGAUGAUAAUGCAUUGGCAGAAAUCAACAAGCUCUGCGACAGAAGCAUCCACCUGAAGGAUUCGCUGUCCAAUGUGUAUUUCCAGUUCCUUAAGCACAGUUCGGUCGUGAUAUACGAAAAGAAACUAAAAGAACUGAUAAAAGAAAUCGAGUCUUUAAAACAUGCGUUCAUUCAAAAUAAAAACAAAGAACAGUUCCAAGUUCUCAAUGUAAACUACGACGACAGUUUUUUCCUUCCCGAGGAUGACUCCGCCGAGAAUGAAGAUGAAAGCACACAACUGAACGACGACUGUGUUGACUUAAACCAACACAAGCUAUCCUUCAAGGAUGUUCAUAAUGAAAGCAGGAUAGUAAGAGGCCUCGGAGAAACCGAAUGUUCAAGUCUACUUCUGGAUAAUCUAGUCAACUGCGAAGUUGUAAUACUCGAUGUCCUAAGUUCGGUGUUAAUACGGAGAAUUAAAAACUGCACCAUUUGGGUCGCGGCGGUGGAGUCCUCUGUUCUAAUAUAUAACUGUGUGGACUGCAAUAUAUUGACUAAUUCGAAGCAAAUAAGAAUACAUGACAGCAGCGAAACGAAUUUCUACAUUAACUCAGUGAGUUCUCCCAUCAUAGAAAACUCGAAACAGCUAGCUUUUUUCCCGUACAUUUUGAAUUACGAUGGCUUGUCAGAAUUAUUAAAAAAAAUUAACAUAAGGACAGAUUCGACCCAAUGGAUGAAGAUUUUAGAUUUCAACUGGCAAAACACACAGGAAAAGUCUCCCAACUUUCGCAUAUCAGAAGACGCGCAGAUGUAUUACAUAAAAAUAGGGAACAGGGCUUUCACGAAAACUGACCAAGACGGGGUAACAGGUGGCCUAUACUUGGUAGAAAAUUUCCCCGAAUUUUUAAAAAAGGUAGAUUAA